AUGCCGCAAAGCUCUGAGACAGUGCUGGGCAAGCACGACGAUAUGUUCGAUCCGCAGGAUAUUGAUCCAGAGGUGUCGGUCGGCACUGACGACAAAAUUCCACCUGAAUUUCCGGACUCUUCAGAGGAGGAGGCAGAUCACGACAGAGUUGUCGAGCUGAUGCAACGGUGCAUUGCUUUCAUCAACGACAUGCAGGCGACGCGGCCAGAAAUCCUACGUGGAGUCCGUGUUUGGAAGCUGUUGCGUUACUUGCCGUCGCUGUGGCUACGAGGCAAGCGCAACGAUCUGCACGGAUUGAGUCAGCAAGCCACGCAGUUCGAUCAGUUUUGGUCCCACAGCUGGCAGGGUUCGGGGUGGACCAAGUACACCAACAUACUUUACCUGCAUAACUGCAUGCCGGCAAGCAUAGCAGGAACAUUGAGCGCCAGCAUAGCCUGUGGCCUCGUCUCUGCUGGCUUUCUGGAUGUACAGCAGCGAUGGUGCUUGCUGUCCGGGUUCGUCGCCUUUUGUACAACCCUGUUACUCUGGCAUCCGCAAAAGCUCGUAUUUCUAGACAUCGCGUGCAUUAACCAAGCGGACCAAGACCAAAAGGGACAAGCUCUUCUGAGUAUGGGUGCAUUUUUAAAGCAGUCGAAGUCCAUGCUGGUUCUGUGGGAUCCUACGUGGGCGAGCAGACUGUGGUGCAUCUUCGAAAUCGCCGCCUUUCUACACAGCCGCAGUUCCGGUUGCAAGGCGGACCUUCAAAUCGUUCCUCCCUUGUUGGGCCCGGCGCUUCUGGGAUGUGAAAUGCUCUUCUGCAUAGCCUGCAUCAUCUACAACUACAUAGAAUCCUCCAUGUCAGAAGAUGGAAUACUCGUGGGAGAGCUCUACUUGCUGGUCUCAUCCGCUCACGUCCUGCUAUUCGUGAGCUUCGUGACCCAUGCUUUACGCGGAUACGGCCGCAACAUCGAUACCUUGCAAGAGCAACUCCGCGGGUUCAAGGUUGAACAUGCGAGAUCGGCUUGCUGCGACGGGGUGCAUAGAAGCAGUUCUGCUCGUCUGACUUGCGACCGGAAGGUCAUUCACACGUGCAUCGCAGCGUGGUACAGCUCGCUGGACAGCUUUGAACUGCAAGUGCAAACUGACGUGCGGCUGGCCAUUACUGAUCAGCUUGCAUACCAAGCCAUCUCUUAUCAACGCAUCGUACUUCUUUCAACUCCGUAUGUCUGGCUUCGUCUUCAUUAUGCAUCUAGCCAUGCAGGCGAUCCCACCCGACAGGCAGUCGACAUGGCCCAGACUUUUACUUACCUGCUGGCAAUCUUCCCUUUGGUUGACAAACUGGGCGUCCGCUUGUGCUACCGCUGGAGAGCACGAUGUUGCAGGCUGUACUUGGACUUCUUGCUAUCGCUGGCCGUCGUGAUCGUGGGUUUGUCAUUCUACAUCGUCUGUUACGCGAUCCAACUCUAUGUCUUCCGUCAAAACGACCGGGGACUUCUCCUGAGUGUGAUCUCAAUGCUUUCGUGGUGGACUGUCGCCGCCAUCCUGUGGCGGUUCAUCUGA